UAUUUGCUGAUGAUAAGUGUGAUUCUGUAACAGUUUGGUGUUAUGAGACAAUUUGAUGAAAAUUAUUAAUCUGUUGAUAACAUAUGCACUUUUAUAUUAAACAAUUAUUUUAUGUUAGCCUUGUAUUUAAUGCAUUAUAUGUUUUAGAUGAAUUGGUCGACAGCAAAACACUUCUCAGAUUGACAGGCACUGAUUUGAGGUUAAUGAGUAUUAAAACCGGACCAUACAAGAUUUUGGAAAUAAUUGAAGAUUCUUCCGCUAUGGUGGAGUGUAUUGUUCAAGAAGAUGGGUCUAUUAUUGCAGGUGAAUCAAACAAUUGUACCUAUGAAGCAGUGUCUCAAGAGAUCAUGCAAAAACCGAGCUGUUCAACGGAUUCUCCUCAAGCAUCAGUUUCAAAGUUGAUAAAGAAAGAAAGUGAGUCCACGUCGACAAAACUUUAUGAUGUUCGAUCAUGGAUCAAGGAGUUGGACAAAGAGAAUAAGUCAAAGAAAAGUUUAGUAAAAAUCUUAGAUUCAGGUAUUGUGAAAGAUGUGGAUCGCCAAGCUCUUGUCAGAAAUGUUAUGUCUCACCUAAAACUAGAAUGUGGAGAUGCAGAUGAAAACUAAAGCAGCAAAGUCGAUAAUCACUUCUUUCCCAAAGCUAAAAUCUACUACUGGUUGUGGUUAUGAACAUUUUUACAAUGAAAAGUUGUCUUCUGGUUUUCUUGAGUGGAGGUUAAAAACCACGAGAAAGACAAGUUUUGAGAAGAAAAGAACAAGAGGUAAGAAGAGACCUUUGACAGAUAGUUCAAAUGUACAAGUUGAAUUGCGUUUAGAAGAUUAUGAAUCAAAAAUAGUUAGAGAAUUUCAAUAUCAGAUCACUGACAAAGACACUUUCUUGGGAAGGUUCCCAUCGUACUAUGCUCCACGGAUUCUGAAGUACUGCAAAGUUACAAAGCCACGGCUUUUAGAUCAAGUACGAUUCAAAAAAAAUCAAAGGACAAAAAAAGUAAAACUUGAAGCAGACUUUGCAACUAAGACCAUGCCUAAUGGAAAUCUUUUGCGAAUUGUAAAGGCUAAUGAUGACAUAAUGCAAGCAGUGACCAACACAAAAAACAAAGAUCCUGUUCAGCCUUUCCUUAUUUUUGUUACGGACACCUGUGAAAGAAUGAGAGAAUUUUUUAUCAAAGCAGAUAAUUACAAAAUAGCAGUAGGAUCCCACAUAAUAAUUGCAUUUGAUAUUCUUGUGAAGAUGCACUACGUGUUUGAUCUCCAGUUUUCACCUGACCUUGAAAUCUUUUAUAACUUUAUAGUGUCUAAAGUUAUGGGUUUAGACACCACAGCAAGAUCUUGUUGCGAUGCUUUUGACACUACUCUACUUCAUUUAGAAGAACAGACCCUCGAUGAUGAUGUCAAUCAAAGUGCAUCCGAACAGGAUGAAGAUGAAAACUUGUAAUUUAACUCAAAGAUUAUAAUGUGAAAAGUCGACCAAUCAGGUUCCAAAGAUUAUAAUUAUUCUUUAAUUAUUAAGUAAAAGAAAAAGACUGUUUUCACAUCAUAUGUGCUUAUUAAUCAUUUAAGUUAUUCACAUAAUUUAUCUAUGAGCAACUGUAAUUUAUUUUCUGAAUAAAAUAAAAUAAAAUUAUUUU